AAAGUUCCCCGUACGUGCGCCGUACGUGGGCGCGGUGCCCUAGCGCUCAGCGUUUCAGCGAGUGAGUGGGCUCCAUGCCGAGUUGAAGUCUGGGAGGGGCACUUUCCCAGGCCAUCGCGGCUCCCCCUGGCGGCGGACGUGCCGCGCUGGAGGGGCGCAGUCAGGCGUUCUCCGCGGGCAGCCAGCGGCGGGGCCUUGCCUUAUAGCGCGGGGUCCUCGGCGGCCUGGGUGGCUACUGCCCCUGCUGCUGUCGUAGGCGAGGACGGCUGUUAGUGCUGCUGCUGUUGGUUCGUCGCGGCGGCGAAGGAGGAGGAGGAAGAGGGCGAGGCGACAGGGGAAGAAGGAGGCAGGCGCGGCGGCAGCGGCGGCGCCCCGGGCCGGCGGAGGCGAGGGGGGGGAAGAUGGCGGACGUGCUUAGCGUCUUGCGACAGUACAACAUCCAGAAGAAGGAGAUUGUGGUGAAGGGAGACGAAGUGAUCUUCGGGGAGUUCUCCUGGCCCAAGAAUGUGAAGACCAACUAUGUAGUUUGGGGGACUGGAAAGGAAGGCCAACCCAGAGAGUACUACACAUUGGAUUCCAUUUUAUUUCUACUUAAUAAUGUGCACCUUUCUCAUCCUGUUUAUGUCCGACGUGCAGCUACUGAAAAUAUUCCUGUGGUUAGAAGACCUGAUCGAAAAGAUCUACUUGGAUAUCUCAAUGGUGAAGCGUCAACAUCGGCAAGUAUAGACAGAAGCGCUCCCUUAGAAAUAGGUCUUCAGCGAUCUACUCAAGUCAAACGAGCUGCAGAUGAAGUUUUAGCAGAAGCAAAGAAACCACGAAUUGAGGAUGAAGAGUGUGUACGCCUUGAUAAAGAGAGAUUGGCUGCCCGUUUGGAGGGUCACAAAGAAGGGAUUGUACAGACCGAACAGAUUAGGUCUUUAUCUGAAGCUAUGUCAGUGGAAAAAAUUGCUGCAAUCAAAGCCAAAAUUAUGGCUAAGAAAAGAUCUACUAUCAAGACUGAUCUAGAUGAUGACAUAACUGCCCUUAAACAGAGGAGUUUUGUGGAUGCUGAGGUAGAUGUGACCCGAGAUAUUGUCAGCAGAGAGAGAGUAUGGAGGACACGAACAACCAUCUUACAAAGCACAGGAAAGAAUUUUUCCAAGAACAUUUUUGCAAUUCUUCAAUCUGUAAAAGCCAGAGAAGAAGGGCGUGCACCUGAACAGCGACCAGCCCCAAAUGCAGCACCUGUGGAUCCUACUUUGCGCACCAAACAGCCUAUCCCAGCUGCCUAUAACAGAUACGAUCAGGAAAGAUUCAAAGGAAAAGAAGAAACGGAAGGCUUCAAAAUUGACACUAUGGGAACCUACCAUGGUAUGACACUGAAAUCUGUAACGGAGGGUGCAUCUGCACGGAAGACUCAGACUCCUGCAGCCCAGCCAGUACCAAGACCAGUUUCUCAAGCAAGACCUCCCCCAAAUCAGAAGAAAGGAUCUCGAACACCCAUUAUCAUAAUUCCUGCAGCUACCACCUCUUUAAUAACCAUGCUUAAUGCAAAAGACCUUCUACAGGACCUGAAAUUUGUCCCAUCAGAUGAAAAGAAGAAACAAGGUUGUCAACGAGAAAAUGAAACUCUAAUACAAAGAAGAAAAGACCAGAUGCAACCAGGGGGCACUGCAAUUAGUGUCACAGUACCUUAUAGAGUAGUAGACCAGCCCCUUAAACUUAUGCCUCAAGACUGGGACCGCGUUGUAGCCGUUUUUGUGCAGGGUCCUGCAUGGCAGUUCAAAGGUUGGCCAUGGCUUUUGCCUGAUGGAUCACCAGUUGAUAUAUUUGCUAAAAUUAAAGCCUUCCAUCUGAAGUAUGAUGAAGUUCGUCUGGAUCCAAAUGUUCAGAAAUGGGAUGUAACAGUGUUAGAACUCAGCUAUCACAAACGUCAUUUGGAUAGACCAGUGUUCUUACGAUUUUGGGAAACGUUGGACAGGUACAUGGUAAAGCAUAAAUCCCACUUGAGAUUCUGAAUUAUUUGGCUCCUCCAUUUCUGGAAAUUGAGACUCAAGCUUUAUGAAUUUAUCAAGAACUUAAAAAUGAAGAAGGUCACAGAUUGAUCUUUUAUAAGACCUUAUUUGAUGCUUUGUGCUUCAAGGAGAUGAUGCCUGUCAUCCAUAUAAGCAAACUUUUUGGCUUACAACUAUUUUUUUAAUAUUAGCCUUCUAGUCUGUAAUGGAAAUUGUAUAUUUUGAUAGAAGUUUUUUCUCCAUUGGUUAAAUUAGCAUUACUUAAAAUUUGUUUUAGAAAAUAAAUGCAGGUUAUAAAUGUGUGUAUAUUUAGAGAUUAUAAGGCUCUCUGAGCCAUCUUCUGAUUUUUCAUUGCUCUAUAAUUCUUUUUACUAAAAAUACUAUGUUGUGAAUGGUAUUAAAUUUUAGUCUCUGGAACAUCCAAAACCAAGCAAAGGGAUGUGACUAUUUUGAGUGAAUCAAAAUGUCAAAACCUGUAUGUACACUAUAUCUACACUUACUCUUUAUUUAAAAAGAAUGAUGAAAAAUCAAGAACAAUUCUUCAAUUUGAACUGUUCAGCCUUUCCAAGAUUUCUUUAUUUACAAAUGAUUACAUUUAAAUGAAUGUACAUUCUUCUCACUGACUUUGGUGAUUUUGAAACCUAGAAUGAUGUGUUUCUAUCUGUGAUAUCUUUCCAUUUGAAAAAAAUCUCAAAACACAGAUUAAAACCACAAUAGGCUGUAGUAUUUUUUAUUUUGGGAGCCAGAGUAUGAUUUGGGGAAAGAAUAUGUAUCAACCCUGUUGCAGUAUAACUUUAAGCUACUUUUCUCUCUAGUCCACCUUUGAUUCUAAUUUUUAUGGUAUAGGAUUUUGAAUCUUCUGUUUUAGGCUUGUCAGUCUUGGAGUUGUUAUCUUCCACUAUCCCUAAAUAUUGAUAAACUCCCAGGCACCAAAGAAAACAUUUGCUUAAUUGUCUGAAAAGAAACAAGAGAAAAACACUGGUAUUUUUAUGUGUGUAUUCAAUAUGGUGUAAAAUAUGAAAACUAUAUUUUAACUUAGUGAAAUAUUUUUUACUAACAAAAUGUUGCAUCCAAGGUACAUCAAGUGACCAUUUUCCUUGAACCUUGAUUUCACUUUUUUUUUUUUUAACUUAAAAGCAACUAGGAAGCUUUGCUUUCCUAAACUGUUUUUGCCAUUGGAAUUUUUGCUGAUCGCAGUCUUAUGUCAUUUUUUUCCUCCGUUUUUAUUCCCAGCAGUUUUCUCCAAGGUUAACAUAUUUUUGGUAAACAGGCCUUUCAUAGGUAUUAAGCUGACAUUAUCUAGCUUCUUAAUGAAAUUUAACACUGUCACAAAAAUGGGAAGUUACUAUUUUUUUAAGUAGUCACAUAGUUCAUACCACUAGUAACUAGAAAAGAUAUUUAUUCACAUGGUAUUUACAAGGCUCUUCAGAAGAGAACAGUCAGCAUUUUAAAUUACUAGAUUUUAGCAUACUUACAAGGUUUGAACAGAUUCUACCCCUAUUUUCCUACCUUCUUAGCAUCUUCUUUCCUUAAAGAUAAAAGAAAAAUUUGUUCACAUUAGGCUUUCUUAGCAUAUAAAUCUGUUUCCAAAAUAAAUUACAUGUUGUGUAAACUUUCUCCAUGAUGAAAUAGUCAAGGACCAGAAUCUGUGAUAUUUUUAUGUAAGAUUACUUGUCAAGACUACUACAAGUCAAUAUGAACUACCUUCCCAUAAAGAUUUUUGGUAUUUGUACUUAUUUAUGAACUUUACUGGAUAUGGAAUAUGGUUAAAAUUAGGAACAUCUACUUUGAACGAGGUUUAUUUUUCUAUUUUGAAUUUGCCUUAUGUAUAUUCAAAGGCUUAUGGAAAUACUGUAAAGGAACAUUAGGAAAAGGACAAAUACGCUGUAACCAUCUAUCUUAAAAUCAGACCCUUAGUAUAAGUACCUCUUUUCUCUUUUUCUCUUUGAUAAUUUAGUCACUUAUUUAGGUCCAUGUGAUUAAUUUCAUUCCAUUAUUUUUUAGCUGUUUGUUCUAAAAAACAAAAAUUUUCAGCCAGUCCCUAUUUAUUCCCCCAUGCCAUGGUCCUAUAUAGCAGUACUUAACACAGUGCCUUGCACAUAGUAGGCAUUCAGUAAAUACUUAUAUGCAUGAAUGAAUAAUGUAUUUUCAGUGUAACAAAUUUAUUAUAAAAGUGUAGUUUGACUCUACUUUGUCUUGGAGUUUGAGAGUACGGAAUUACAGGGAAUGAACAGAGGUAUAAGUAGAUAUUUUACUGGAAAUGAAGUAUAAAUUAAUAACUUGACUUACCCGUCCAUAAGUUACUGCUAACUGGAGAUACCCUUGUGUGCCCAACCUGUAAAGGGAAGUUCUAUUUCUAUACUCAUAGGACAUUCUUCUCAGUCAGGGAACAGUAAGAAAUAUGUAGGUUUCACUCAGUUGCUCUCAACCCUGACUGCAUGUUAGAAUCAUUUGGAGAGUUUUUAAAAAUACCUAUGCCUGAAUCUUGAUUCCCAUUUUCAUGUAAUUUGAGACAAGACCUGGUCAUCAGUACUUUUUUUUUAAGUUCUCCAGGUAAUUUGAAUGUGCAGGAAGGAUUCAGAAUCACUGGUUUAAUUUGUUAUUGAAAACAAUGCCAGUAUUAAAUGUGUUUCCUCUUCCUUCUUGUCUGUAUGUGUGUGUGGUUUUUGUUUUGUUGUUUUGUGACCACCCUUUGCACUAGACGAUCCCUGUUAUUGGUGGUAUUGGCCUGUAUUCCCAUUGACAAAUGCAAUUUUAAUUAUUUAUUUAAUAUAGAAGGAGUAUUUUACUGUUUAAUAUUUAAACAAUGUUUAAUGUAUUUCAUUAUUAACUAGUAUUGUAGUUUGUUUUUUUCCCAUGUCUCCAUAACCUUUACUAACAUUUGUUUUUAGCAGCACAACAGUAAUCCUUAUAGAAACAACUAAUUUAUAAUGAGGAAAAUCUCAUAAUUUUUAAGGCAGAAAGAAGUAUUAAUAUUUGAUCUGCCAUGCAGAAUGAGACAAAUACAGUUUGCUUAUGAAAGGAAAGUGGCAUACUUUUAAAUUGGUCUACACAGAAAAGUACAAGUAAACUAUUCAUUUAAAUAAGAUUCAUUAUCUAAUAAAUAUUGAAGGGAAUAUUUUUCCUAAAUAAAAAUUUUUGUGACUGCUAACAAAAA